AUGGAGAUGCACACGUUGCUGGAAAGGGCCAGUUUGGGAGAUGACGAAAACCGCGGUCCAAGGCUAUUGAUUACGGGAAUAACGUUGAUGAUAAUAGCAGUUCUAGUCUUGACUGGGAGGAUAUACUGUAGGGCUGUGUUGUUGAGGAGGAUGGGCAGUGAUGAUUGGUGUAUGAUCUUAGCAACGAUCGUCGCUAUUCCAAUCCUGGUUACGAAUUGUAUAGGUGUUAUGGGUGGAGUUGGGCGCCAUACCUGGAAAACAUCUAUAGAGGCACAAAAGAUGGCAGUAAAGAUGGGUUAUGUUGCCAUGAUGCACUACUUCCUUGCCCUUGGCCUGACCAAGUGCUCCCUACUCCUGUUCCUUAUUCGUCUUGCCCCCAGCACUCGUCUUUCAAAGAUAUCUUGGGGGAUUUUCUACUUCGUCGUCGCAUACACUAUUGCUGCAUUCAUUCUCUCAGCUGUACAGUGUGUGCCUGCAUCUUUCAUAUGGGAGGUCAUAUCGGAGGGAAACAAGGUCCAUGCCGUUUGUCUGCCACAGCGACCACUCAACUUUUCGCUAUUUCCAAUAAACAUAUUCACAGAUAUAGUGAUUUGGUUGUUGCCAUUAAGGACGAUUUGGAGCAUCCAGAUGCCGUUGAGACAGAAACUUGUGUUGUUGGUGAUCUUCUCAAUGGGUAGUAUGAGUGUUUUGGCUGGUAUUCUGCGUCUCUCCAGCGUCGAGACAUCACUCACUACGACAGAUCCCAUGUGGGAUAAUAUGAACCUCGGAAUAUGGUCGCUAGUCGAAGUUCUGAUUGGCAGCUCAGGCGCCAUAUCAGACAAUAGUAACAACCCCGACUACAACAAUCGCAGAAACAAGAGCAACCGACAUUCGCGUCACUUCCCCGGCUCCCUCUCGAGGCAGCAGACAGCAUAUGCGCUUAGGUCUGUUAGUACCAGGCGCGGGAGCGUGAUGGGAGAUGGCAACACAUCGACUGAGAGAUUUGGGCCGAGGACGAGGAUUGAAGGACCUAGAACGGCGACAAAGUUGGAUACCACUAGUGAGACAGCUAGCGAAGAGUAUCUACGGGAUGGGGAUAUAGAACGGGAGGUGAUCAUGAAGAGCACGGAGGUGCAGGUUAACUUUGAGGAGAGGGUAUGA